AUGUUUCGGAGCUUGCUCUUCGCCAUCGUGUGGGGAUUAGCAGAGGCCGACAUCAGCCCGGCUUUGGAUGGACAUUGGGAGCUGUGGAAGCAGGCUCACAAAAAAGUUUACUCUCAUCAGGUGGAAGAGUCCGGUCGCAGGCGGAUCUGGGAAAAGAACUUGCGGAUGAUCAACGUCCACAACCUGGAGACCACGCUGGGCCUGCACACCUACGAGCUGGCCAUGAACCACCUGGGAGACCUGACGGACGAGGAGGUGAGCGGCAUGCUCGCCGGUACCGUGGUGCUCUCGGACCUGGAGAGGAUCCAGUUGAACUUCAACUGGGAGAGAAGCACGCCGCAGUCUCUGGAUUGGAGGAAGGCCGACCUGGUGACUGAGGUGAAAAUGCAGGGUUCUUGCGGGUCCUGCUGGGCCUUCAGCGCGGUGGGGGCUCUGGAGGGCCAGCUGAAGAAGAGAACGGGCAAGCUGACAUCGCUGAGCCCCCAGAACCUGGUGGACUGCUCUCUGGACUUCGGCAACCACGGCUGCCACGGCGGCUUCAUGACCAACGCCUUCCGCUACGUCGUCAAGAAUGGCGGCAUCGACUCGGAUCGGGCCUACCCUUACAGGGCCAAGCGUGGCAAGUGCGAGUACAAGCCUCAGGAUCGUGCCGCCAACUGCUCGGGUUACUCGUUCGUUCCCAAGGGUGACGAAGACUCCCUCAAGAUCGCCCUCGCCAACGUCGGCCCCAUCUCGGUGGCCAUUGAUGCUUCUCACUCAAAAUUCCACUUCUACCGCCACGGAGUGUACGAGGACCUGGCGUGUACCCAGAAAGUCAACCACGGCGUGCUGGCUGUGGGCUAUGGCACAGAAGAAGGAAGUGACUACUGGCUGGUCAAAAACAGCUGGGGUGUAAAAUUCGGUGACCAAGGUUACAUCAAGAUGGCCCGCAACAGACUCAACCAGUGCGGCAUCGCUCGCCACGCCUGCUUCCCGAUCAUGUGA